AUGAAGAAUUCGGCGGCGCAGGGAGAAAUAUCGGACGAAGAUGCGAACAAAAUGCUCGACGAAAUCCUCGAGGAGGAUAAAAAGGAGAACGAAGACGACGAUUACGACGACGACGCUGAUAAAUGUGAAUUUUGUGCAGCUAAAUGUGCAGCAGAUUGUGCACAAGGAGAUAACAAAUUCUGCGAGUGUGUACUCAUCGCGGAGAACUCGUCGAGAUUUUCCUUGCGCGUGAUGGAGGCGAUGAGGUGGCUACAGAACGAGGAGGAAGACUCAUCGCUGCCCACCUCCUCCGUCGAGGAUAUCGUCGGCUAUAUCCAGGCGAAUUAUCGCGACGAAGGUGACCUUUACGCUCAGGUGCGAACCGUGCUGAAACAGGUCUGUUCCCAAGGAUUUGUCAUGGAAUUACUGAAGAACGAGUACUACUUAAUCGGACCGGAUGCCAUCUCGAUGAACCAAACCGCUUGCUCGAAUGCUCGAAAGGAUCGUUCGUUGCCUUCGUCACCUAGAAUAUCGAAGCGUCGUAGAAAAAGUAAUUACAACGAUUGCUCGUGUGAAACUCCGUUCGAAGAAUCAGGAAGAACCUCGCGAAGACGAAAGAAUGAAUACGAAGAUGAUAACGUGGCUGAAGAAGCGCCAGAAUGCUCGUGCAACGUGACCUUGACUGAUGAAGACGUGGAUGAUUGCACGUGCGAGGCUGAAAUGCAUAGAAGUGGAAGAGAUAUUUCGUCGAGGCGAAAUAGGCUGCAAGGAAAUGGUGAUAAAGAAUUGAGUGAAGAAAGUGAAGCAAGAAUGAAAUCUCAGAUGAAUAAUUUUAGAAGGAGAAGAUCUACGCAAGGAAGCAGAAGAACGUCAGAAGUGAAUGACAGAAGAACAGAGAAUGGUGAGUUAAACGAAGAAGAGUCGGAUAAUGUGAACGACGUUUAUCAAGAAUUGCAAGAUCUCAUUCCGUCAGUAUCGAGAAAUCACGUGGGAGAAGUAAAAGAAUGGAUUAAACGUUGCCAGGAAAAGUGCAAACAACGAGCGAAACGAGGAGACAUGAAUAAUUAA